CGGUCUGUCAUCCUUUGGCGGUUCCACUUUCGUCUGAACUUCUGGUCUGGAACCUUCCCCAUCCUUCUCCAAACAAAGGGCAAAGCCCGAAACAAAUCGUCGUAUCUGCAUCUAUUCUUCCAUCUUCCACCGAAAGAGUUGCGACGCGAGAGGAGGAGGAGAAGAAGAAUUGGAGCAAUGGCGGAAGAGCAGCAGCUGAGGCAGGACCUGGAGGAGCUUAGGCAUCUUGAGUCCAUCGCCAAAAGGCCUCGCGUCCUCUCCCUCCUCUCUUCCGAGAUCCGUAACCUCGACGCCACGUUGUCUAAAGUCACUGCGGCAGUUGCAGCAGCAGCAGCACAGCCUGCGGCUUCUGCGGAAAAGGCUCCUGCUGCUGCCAGCGCGUUGAAUUAUGUUACUCUCGGAUCGUUUAGCUGGGACCAAGACAAUGACAAGAUCAAG